GAAGUUCUCUGUGCAUGAACUGCUCCGUGCUGCCGCGGUUACUGUUGACAUUUUUCAGAAUUAAAGGGUAUUAUGGAGUUAUAGAAUAUCUUGUACCAGCCAUUCAAGUUGAAGUUAAUGGUAAUGUUUUGUUAUCAAAAGCAUCUUGUGUAAAGGAAGGAACGCACGCAUAUAUCUACUGUAAAGGUGCUGUGCUCGGAAUGAAAGAUGCUGCUGUCUCUGGGGAUGCUGAUGCUGUCCGCCACGCAGAUCCACACCAUCUUCACCGUGCAGCUCUUCGCCUUCCUCAACCUGCUGCCCGUGGAGGCCGACAUCUCCGCCUACUCGUUUGACAACAGAACGGAGAACUUCGAGGACCUGCCGGCAAGGUUUGGGUACAGGCUGCCCAGCGAGGGCCUGAAGGGCUUCCUGAUUGGUGCCAGGCCCGAAAACGGGUGUGAGCCCAUCGACCCGCCCCCUCCCCCGGAGGACAACCAGACCGAGACCUUCAUCGUUCUCAUCAAGCGCAUGGACUGCAACUUCGACGUGAAGGUCCUGAACGCCCAGAAGGCCGGGUACAAGGCUGUGAUUGUGCACAAUGUGAACUGCAAUGAUUUAAUCACCAUGGAAUCCAAUGACUUGGACAUUUUGAAACAGAUAGGCAUUCCUUCGGUGUUUGUGGGUGAGGAGACUGCGAACUCCCUGAAGGAAGAUUACACGUAUGAGAAAGGAGGACAUGUGAUCCUCAUGCCCGACUUCAGCCUGCCUCUGGAGUAUUACCUCAUCCCCUUCCUCAUCAUCGUAGGCAUCUGCAUCAUCCUCAUCGUUGUUUUCAUGAUCACCAAAUUCGUGCAGGACAGACACAAGGCCCGGAGGAGUCGCCUUCGCAAGGAUCAGCUGAAGAAGCUACCCAUUCACAAGUUCAGGAAAGGGGACAUCUACGAUGUGUGUGCCAUCUGCCUGGACGAGUAUGAGGAGGGGGACAAGCUACGGGUGCUACCCUGCUCACACGCCUACCACUGCAAGUGCGUGGACCCCUGGCUGACCAAAACCAAGAAGACGUGCCCGGUGUGCAAGCAGAAGGUGGUGCCGUCGCAGGGAGACUCCAGCUCCGACUCGGACGGGGCGGAGAGCAGCCGCGAGGAGCAGGAGGAGGCGUCGGAGAGCACCCCGCUCCUGCGCUCGCUGGCCUCCUCCAGCGCCCACUCCUUCGGGACCACCAGCGGCUCCCUGCCCCGCCACGAGCAGGACGCCGAGUCCUCCGACUACGAGGACGGCGAGAUGGACAGCAGCAGCAGCGACGACAGCGGGGCGGAGGAGGGGGGCGGGGACGCCGUCGCCGUGGAGACGGUGGUGGUGCAGCUGCAGCGGCCUCGUCCCGAGGGCCAGGCGUCCGACGCCUGACGACGGCGCCCGGCGACGGCGCCCGACGACGGCGCCCGACAACGGCACACUCUGUUAGCUACAACUUCCGUACACGUCACCGCCCGACAACGACGCACUGUUAGCCGAAACCUCCGCGCACACCGUCAACCGAACAGAUUCCCGUCACUUUUUAUGAUUAUUAUCAUUAGAUUUUUCGUUUCCCAGUUUAUAACACAACAAAGCCCCUAAUAUUGUGAAGUUUGACAACCCAGUUAGUGACAGAACAAACAAAAAGGGACACGUUUCUCUGUUUUAAAGACGGUGAUUUCAGGUGGGGACUGAUUUCAGUGGAACGCGCUUUGGAUUGCUGCUUCUGUGAUAACUCGUUUAUGUUCAGGGGGUUGGAAACACACCACUUUUGCUCUGAAAACAAGCCACUUUAGUAGCACCUUCACAAUAAAUGAUGUGCAAUUUGUACAGAUGAUGUAUAGAUGACAAUUUAAAUACCGCCAAAACGACAAAUACUUUAUUGCAGCUUACUUAUCUGUAAGUCUGUUUCAGAAGGUAGAGAAUCUUGAGACAUCCUGAAAACUGUGUAUAUACCUACUACAAAUGCAUUCAAAUAUUAUGCAGCAUUUUGUAAACUUUAGAAAUUUCUGCCUGAAGUUUUUAAAGUGAGUGUAGAUAUACAAAGUGCAAAAUAUGGUUAUUGCUAAGACUGUGCCAAUCCCUCAAUGUCCUAAUACUGUAGGGGUGAAAUGUUUCUUUUUUUUUUUUUGCUUUACUUUUGUAGGUAAAUAUUCAUGUUGAGAUCAAAUGCCGCCAAAUUGGCCUUGGAGGUGCAUCUAUGCCCAGGCAAAUCCCCUCUUUGUUUCCAGAAGGUUUCAUUUCAGUCCUUGCAGUUGUAUUUAUAGUAUUGGGGGAUGGGAUUUUCUUGGGAUUUUAUUGUGUCAUGUAGCCCUUCUUCGGUUUUACUUGCAGCUCACUAUCCGUCCUUAUGACCCGCCCACAGUACUAAGAACUCUCUGAACAGGGAGGAACCACGUACUUCCGGUCUUUACACGUGUGUAAAUGUAAUCGCCAGCUGCCACUAAACGUUCGCCGAGUGUGGCAGUUGGAAGGUUUUUUUUGGGGGGGUUUUUUCUAUAAAUGUUUUGUUGCCUUUAUUUUGAUAUAUGAAUGUAUUCAAGUAUGCACUGCUAUAGGCUCAGUUUUUAAGUUCUCAUUUAAUUUACAUGAGUCUUUUUUUUUCUCGUUAAUUAUUCAGAUUAGGCCUAUUUAAAACUAACGUAGUUGUUGUAGUGAUUUGGGGUCUUCAUUGGGAUGGGAUUAUGAUCUGUAAUAAGAGUUCCAGUAAUAGACACUCAAAAAGGUGUAAAACGUUUUCCAGAUUGCAUUGCUGGAAGUACUCAUUGUGUUACUGUUUUUUUUUGUUGUUUUUUUCUCUCAAGCAUUUGAAUCAUUAAAACACAUUUUUCUUUAA